UAUGACCGGACCACUGAAAGGUCUCUUGGAUGAUUUAUUAUCGCUCCUUGGUAGUUUCUCCCCAGCGGGGUUAUAAGAUGUUUUGCAGUUUGGUCUCUAUUCACCCCGACUACCUAAAUGGAAAUUGCCGUCUCGGGGUCUUCGCUUUUGGAAAGGUGUAUCUACCCGUGUUACUCAAUAUCUAGAUUUGAGCGACAUCAUGCGCCUAUCCCAUUUCUAACGUGGUUGAGCUCACUUUCGUGGUUUGGGUUUGGAGCGGUCGUGAUAAACAGGGGAAAUUGUCCUGAGAGCGGGACGGUCAGAGUCAAGGGCUCGGAGCAACUUCAUGAGGUGAACAUGGAAGGGUGAAAUGAAUUGCGACGCAGUGCCAACUUUCUUCUUUCGGCAUGUCCUGAUGAGCCACCUUGCUGUUCGAAAUACAAAAAGGAUCUUGUGCAUAUGUCUAACGUCC